UCCACAGUAUCAAACAGCGGGUCGAAAUGGAACGACAUACCAGUAAGCUCCACGUGAUUAUAUUUCUGGGAACGUUUCAAGGCUUUUUUGAGCCAGUGUACAGUCAGUGUGACGGAGUUUGCGUACCGAUGGGAAAAUGUCCUGCCAAUGAUUUCGGUGGAACCUUUGUAUUUGAUGUAAGAGUUGGCGCCGAUGAAGAAAUUGAAGCAGAUUGUGAUCAUUAUUUGGAGGUUUGUUGCGAUAAAAGUGCUGUAGUUAAGGAAGAAGGAACGAUUCCUUCUACAGGACGUGGAUCAAGCACCAUAGGGGUUCCCGGAUCAGCAGAUCAAGCAACCGAUCAAGCUGUGUCUGAGUUUCGGCAGUGUGGAUACCGCAAUACGGAUGGUGCAGGUUUUAGAAUAACUAAUGCAAAUAAUGGAGAAACCGAAUUUGGCGAGUUUCCUUGGAUGGUAGCUCUGUUCAGUCAGGAUAACGAGGGGGCUGAGAAAAAAUACUUUUGCGGUGGUUCACUUAUCAAACCUAAUAUUGUACUAACAGCGGCUCAUUGUAUUAUCAAUCGCCUCGAAGAAAUUCUGGUUGUUCGUGCCGGUGAAUGGGACACAAAGACGGAGUUCGAAGUUUUACCAUAUCAAGAACAACGAGUAGCUCAGGCCAUCAUUCACAACAAUUACAAUGCACAAUUAUUGUUCAACAAUGUUGCGCUGCUAGUUUUAGAUCAAGCAUUCGAACCGGAUGAAAAUGUGCAACUGAUCUGCUUGCCACCCCAAGGAAUGGUUUUCAGUGACGACAAUUGUUUCGCGACUGGUUGGGGGAAAGAUAAAUUUGACUCCGCCAGUUAUCAGGUGAUCAUGAAGAAAGUCGAGCUUCCAAUCGUUUCAAACAUGGAAUGCCAAUCAGCUCUAAGAACGACGAGGCUUGGAUCUUCCUUCCGAUUGCACAAUUCCUUCAUUUGUGCCGGCGGACUCGAGGGCGUCGACACUUGCACCGGAGAUGGAGGCUCACCACUUGUAUGUCCAAUUCCCGACUCAGUCAACCGGUACUAUCAAGCGGGCAUUGUUGCUUGGGGAAUCGGUUGCGGACAGGAAAGUAUUCCUGGUGUAUACGUGAGAACCAGUCUUUAUACUGAGUGGAUAGAAAAGCAGUUGGAAAAUUUUAUCACGAACAUCUGAUUUCCAACCGUUGCAUAAAAAAUGUCCAAAAGCAUAAAUCUAAAAGUAAUCAAAAAAACGUUUAUGAAACAA